UCCACCUCACUGCCACCAUGGGCUACAAGGCUGGUAUGACCACCAUCGUUCGUGACCUGGACCGUCCAGGCGCGAAGUUGCACAAGAAGGAGAUCGUCGAAGCCGUCACGGUCAUCGAAACUCCUCCGUUGAUUGCUGUCGGUCUGGUUGGAUACAUCGAGACUCCCCGUGGCCUGCGCUCGUUGACCACUGUCUGGGCUGAGCACUUGUCCGACGAGCUCAAGCGCCGAUUCUACAAGAACUGGUACAAGAGCAAGAAGAAGGCCUUCACCCGAUACGCAAAGAAGCACGCCGAGGAGGGUGGCAAGAGCAUCACCCGCGACCUCGAGCGCAUCAAGAAGUACUGCACCGUCGUGCGUGUCCUUGCUCACACCCAGAUGCACAAAACCCCCCUUAAGCAGAAGAAGGCCCACCUCAUGGAGAUCCAGAUCAACGGUGGAUCUAUCGCCGACAAGGUCGAGUUCGGCCACGGUCUCUUCGAGAAGCCCAUUGAGAUCGACUCAAUCUUCGAGCAGGAUGAGAUGAUCGACGUCAUUGCCGUCACCCGGGGUCACGGUUUCUCCGGUGUCACCAGCCGAUGGGGCACCAAGAAGCUGCCGCGUAAGACUCACAAGGGUCUCCGAAAGGUUGCUUGUAUCGGUGCAUGGCAUCCUUCACACGUGCAGUGGACUGUUGCACGUGCUGGUCAAGACGGUUACCACCACCGUACCUCUGUCAACCACAAGGUCUACCGCAUUGGCAAGGGCACUGAUGAGCGUAACGCCACCACCGACUUCGACCACAGCAACAAGACUAUCACUCCUAUGGGUGGCUUUGUCCGUUAUGGUGAGGUCAAGAACGACUUCGUCAUCGUUAAGGGUUCCGUUCCUGGUACUCGCAAGCGUGUCAUGACCCUUCGCAAAUCCAUGUUCAUCCACACCUCCCGCCGUUCGCUCGAGAAGGUCGAGCUCAAAUGGAUCGACACAUCAAGCAAGUUCGGUCACGGUGCAUACCAAACCCCCACCGAGAAGAAGAACUUUGUCGGCACCCUCAAGAAGGAUCUCGUUGCCUCAUCAUGAAAUUAGCGAACUUUGCAUCCUGGGACAUUUGGGAAAAGGUGGCGUCAUGUGUAUUGAGCUUCGAGCGAGGAUUUUUCUGCCUCAUAACGUGAUAGUUGAGUUAUCGAGAGACGAAA